UUUCAGACUGAGAUGUGAACGAAGGGAAAAUAUGCUGCGUUUUUGGAGCUCGACCGUCCUGUUGCUGUUGUGUUUGCAGCGCGUUUGUGCUUCGGGGUCUUCACGGUGUGAGACUCUUGAAGGGAAAUGUGACUUUGUCUGUGAUUGUUCCGACUGUAGCGACGAGCAAAACUGUGGGUACUCUGGAAAAUCAUUUGAGUGUGACUUUGAGGAUGAGGGAGUGUGUGGAUGGAAGAUUGAAUCUGUUGGUGAGAAAUACAAAUGGCAGAGAGUUCAGAGCGGGGACGAGCUGCCGGAGAGCGGACCGACUUCGGACUACACCACCGGCACAGCUACAGGCUGGUUCAUGUCAGUGAGUGCAGUGGGGGCAGAGUCUCUUCAGAGUUCAGUUUUAAUCUCUCCGGAGAUAAAGGGCUCUUCGCCAACGUGCCGCCUGCGACUCAGAUACUUCCUGUGGGACUCAGGACUCACGGGUUUAGGUCCAGUUCCUCUGUGGGCUUCAAUCAUCCACCAGGACUCUUCGGAGGCCGUCGUGUGGCGCCCCGAGACCUCCAGCACCCGCAGCUGGAGGGAAGCCACCAUCUUCCUGGGCCGCAUUUCCUCCCCUUUCCGGAUCCAUCUCCACUCGGCGCGCUCGGCGGGACAAAACGGAGACGUAGCCAUAGACCAGCUGGAGUUCCUGGACUGUGCUCUGCCCUCGGGCCCUGCCGGGUCCAGCUGCCCAGCAGGGAUGGUGUCGUGUGGUGGUGGUGGUGGAGGCUGCGUGGAGCAGCGGCAGGUCUGCGACGGUACGGACGACUGCGGUGAUGGCAGCGACGAGGCGCCCUGCGAUGGUUACAACCGCUGUGACUUUGAGGAGGAUCUGUGUGACUGGGACCUGAGAUCGCUUUCCAAACUCAGAUGGAUCAGAACAAAUCAGGAGAACAUCUCCAGAACCGAUCCUUGGAAAGGUCCAGGCAGAGAUCACUCCAACAAUACAGCAUCAGGGUAUUUCCUGUACGUCACGGUUCCUGAUGGCGAUCUCACCAUGGACUGGGCGGCUUUUCAGAGCCCUCGUCUUCAACCAACCAACAGCUCACAUCCAUGUAAGAUGGUCAUGUACACUCAUCAGUUCGGGCCGCGGUCCGGCGGGCUGACGGUGCUGGUGGCGGACCAGCUCAUCUACCCUGUGUGGGAAAGGGGCGGAGCUUUAGGAGACCUGUGGGUGAAGGCGGAGGUGGAGAUAGUGUCUAACCACACCUUCCAGAUUCUCAUCAUGGCAGCCAUCAGAGACCUUGACUAUGGAGGAAUCGCUGUCGACAGCAUCGUGUUGUCCCCUGAAUGCCGCCGGUCAUCUGAAAAUACCACCCUGGAAAAAUUCCCCAAUCCUCCAAAGAAUCCUUGCAUUGAUGAUCCAGAGAAGAUGUGUGAUUUUCAGGCUGACUGCGAUGCUGCAGAGGAUGAAGCCAAAUGUGGGGAUUUCUCCUAUCCUGGAGGCAGCUCAGGCUGGACUGACACCAGCAUUGGGAGUCAAGGUUGGCUGCUGGAUAAAAGUUCAACAACUGGAGCAGAGUUCCUGUAUGUAGCUGAGGCUGCAGGUCAGCAGCUAACCGAAGCCCAGAUUCGGACUCCCCUCCUGGGCCCCACCGGUCCGGCAUGUAACCUGAGCUUUGACUUUGCGCUCACUGGGAGUUUGGAUCACAUCGGUGAGAUUUCUGUCAGAGUGAUCGACAGCUUGUUGGGAGUGAGGCCUAAGCUGUGGGACUUCAGUGGGAAAACAGGAGCAGGGGGCGAGGAGGAGACCUGGCAACACGUUGACGUUCCUAUAGGAGUCAGGAAACAUCGCUUCCAGUUAGCAUUUGAAGCUCGCGCUGUGAGCGUUCAGCCUUUUCCUUGGAUCAAAGUGAGGAACGUUCACUUCACCAGCUGCCACGCCGACUACAUUCCAUCUUUACCGACAGGGGUGUCGUGUAUCUUUGAGGACGGACUGUGCGCUUGGUAUCAGGACAACAGUGACAACUUUGACUGGUCUGUGGUUACUGGGAUGGAUCACAGCAUCGGAGUAGGGACGAGCCUCGUUGUGGACAUGUGGAGUCCUUCGCUACGCGGAGCGUUUGGACGCUUGCUCUCAUUCCCACAGCAGCCCACUCCCACAGAGAGCUGCCUGACCUUCUACUACAAACUCUACGGGCCGAACGCAGGUGCUCUGAACGUGAAGCUGACCGACGGCCUCGGAUAUGAGAUUUUACUGUGGACCCGCAGCGGCGCUCACGGCAACGAGUGGCACGAAGCGCACUGCCCAGUACCGCAGCAAAACUCAAACUUUCAGUUGAUGUUCGAAGCAGUUCGGUCCGGUUUCGACGGCCAGGUUGCCAUCGACGAUGUGGCGUUUCUGGACGGCCCGUGUGCCAUGCCCAGGAAAUGCUCCUUUGAAGGCCAGAAGUGUGGUUACAGCAGUUACGGCGCCAUAAACUGGCUCCACAGAAACGGACACACCACUACGACGAACGGACCCAGAACAGACCACACCCUGGGGACCGAGCUAGGUUACUACAUGAUGGUCAACACAGACGCAGACAUUCUGCCACCAGGUAGCGCCGCUGUCCUCAUCUCCCCCGUCCAACAAGGAACCACCAGACCCGAAUGUGUCGGUUUCUGGUAUCAUAUGACAGGAGGGAACCCAGCCUUCUUUACGGUGUACGUCAAACCCCAGAAGGGAGAGAGAGUCCCGAUCUUCUCUGAGAACCUGAACGAGGGAGACGACUGGCGUCACGUCAACAGCAACAUCUCCGUUGGACUUGUGCCGUGGCAGUUGGAGUUUGAGGUCGUCGGAUCAGGAAGUCGAGGUUCCCACGUUGCUGUUGAUGACAUCACAGUCUCGGCUCAUCCAUGUGGAGAUCAAGGGUCCAAGUGCAGUUUGGAGAAUGGGAUGUGCAGCUGGAUCAACAUUCAGGACAGAGAACGGGAGAAGCUGGACUGGGAGCUGACCAGUCCGGAGAAGGAAAAGCAUUAUCCAGUCCCACCUGAAGACCACACACUGGGAACAGAGAAAGGUCAGAGAGGAAGACAGCAACACUGGAGCUGA